AGAAAAGAAAAGAGGGGGGUUUUUGGUUUGGUUGGAGAAGCAGAAGCAGAAGCAAAAGAAGAAGAUGGCGAUGGCGAUGGCGAUGCAGCUGAAAUUGCAGGAUCAGAGGAGAAACAAUGAUUGGAGGAGAAUCAUGGGAAUCGGAGGAGGAACAAGAGCUUCUCCUAGUAUUACUAGAAAUAGUGCCAGUUUUUGUGUCGUACGUGGUGCUGUGAGCCGCAACGGGAACGAUGCCUCCAGCCCCAAGUCGAAGAAAGUCGUGGGCGGAGUUCCGCAGUCGGGAGAUCCACAGUCGAACUACGUGGUGCCGCUGGGGAACUCGUCUUCCACUUCAAUAAUCCGCCCUCUUGAGGAGAUCCUCAGAGACCUCAACAAGCGAAUCCCCGACAACAUCAUCGUCUCAAAGACGACUGCUCAAUCAUCCUUCUCAAUCCCCUGGUACCAUGCCAAUCGCAUGUUGAGCUUCUACGCUCCUGGAUGGUGCGGGGAAAUACGCGAUGUGAUUUACUCUGAGAAUGGAACUGUCACCGUUGUCUACCGUCUCACUAUUCGUGGAUCUGACGGCGAGGCAUACCGUGAGUCAUCGGGAACAAUAUCUUCUAGCGACGGCAACACCGCUGAUCCGGUUGCUGCAGCGGAGGAAAUAGCUUUCUGCAGGGCAUGUGCUCGAUUUGGCCUUGGCCUUUAUUUGUAUCAUGAAGAGAAGUAGACGCAAGCAAAUAUAUAUGUGACAACGGGGUUACCUUUGCCAGCUUAGCUUUGUGUCUACUCUUCGUUUUGUUUGCUGAAAAAUGAUACUCGACUUUCUCUCCUUUCAAUUAUGUAAAUAUCCAACACGUAAGAAAGAAUUGGUCAUCUCAGAUGGCUGUUUUUGAUUUAGCUGAGUAGAAUAUCUUCCUAAGCCAGCUUAGGAAUUCUUUUUGGUCGGAGGGACGUGAAAUUGCACUGCAUAUUUUCUUACAUGUAACAGACCAUUAUUCUCACUCUCUUAUAUCAAUUCCUUUGGAUGACUAAAUUGAGAACUUGCAAAUGAACAUUAUGUCUUGUUACUUUGAAAUGAAUAGAGUCAACGAAAGUCUUGUAACAGUGAAA